ACCCACACACCCACCGCUGCCGCGAUCUCACACUCGCACUUCUUAGUUAUACUCUAAAAUAGGCGGCGAGACCCGAGCGUCGGAGCUCGCAAUUUAUAGAAACCCGGCGUGAAACCGUUCGCUCCGGCAGUUAAGAUAUACAUUCGAGUUUAAAACAUGGAGUCCCCUCCAGAUCCGGCAAAUGACACGGGCAGCGGCGCUGCGGAGCCGGCUACCCCGGUCAGGGACACCCCGGUUAACCUGGAGACUCUCGGAAAAACUGACCAGCAAGCCCCGGUUCGAAGGCAGAGCUGUUCGAGCACCAACAGAGGUAUUUCUGUAACAAAGAAGACACACACUUCUCAAAUCGAAAUAAUUCCUUGCAAGAUCUGUGGCGAUAAAUCAUCGGGAAUCCAUUAUGGUGUGAUAACAUGCGAAGGUUGCAAGGGCUUCUUCAGGAGAAGUCAGCAGAGUAAUGCUGCAUAUUCCUGCCCCCGGCAGAAGAACUGUCUGAUUGACCGAACCAGCCGCAACCGAUGCCAGCACUGCCGCUUGCAGAAGUGCCUGGCAGUGGGCAUGUCACGGGAUGCCGUGAAGUUUGGCCGCAUGUCCAAGAAGCAGCGCGACAGCCUGUAUGCGGAGGUGCAGAAACACCGGCUGCAGCAACAGCAGCGGGACCACCAGCAGCAGCCCGGCGAGGCUGAGCCGCUCACGCCGCCGCCCGCCUACGGCCUGUCCGCCAGCGGGCUCACCGAGCUGCAGGACGACCUCGGAGGCUACAUGGACGGUCACACGCCAGAUGGCGGCAAGCCGGACUCUGCCGUCGGCACAUUCUACCUGGACAUCCAGCCCUCGCCGGACCAGUCUGGCCUGGACAUCAACGGCAUCAAACCUGAGCCCAUCUGCGACUACGCCCAGGGUUCCGGAUUCUUCCCCUACUGCUCCUUCACCAACGGGGAUAACUCUCCCACAGUGUCCAUGGCAGAGCUCGAGCACCUGGCCCAGAACAUUGGCAAGUCCCACGUGGAGACGUGCCAGUACCUGCGGGAGGAGCUCCAACAGAUGAGCUGGCAGGCCUUUCUCCAGGAAGAGGUGGAGAGCUACCAGAACAAGCCCCGGGAGGUCAUGUGGCAGCUGUGUGCCAUCAAAAUAACAGAGGCCAUCCAGUAUGUGGUGGAGUUCGCCAAGCGCAUUGAUGGCUUCAUGGAGUUGUGUCAGAAUGAUCAAAUCGUACUUCUAAAAGCAGGAUCUCUGGAGGUCGUGUUCGUCAGGAUGUGCCGUGCCUUCGACUCUCAGAACAACGCAGUUUACUUUGACGGGAAGUACGCAGGGCCAGAUGUCUUUAAAUCAUUAGGUCACAUGACUUAG